AUGGAGAAUGGCGUUGAACAACUUCAUGUUGUGUACCCAAAAUUCAAGAAUGGAGAGGCUGUGGUUAGGAAUGUAAAGGUGCAGCAAAAUUUUGGUAUGUAUAUCACAUUCUCUUCACACUCCAACUGUCCAACACUUUUUACUGAGUAGAAAGAUCUAUAUUUGUACAAGUCAGUGGUGCACUAGCUUAUUGACCAUCUAUUUGGCACUCCUAUAAUAAUUACAUUGUUAUAUUAUUGCCUUUCUUGAAGAUUAUGUCGAUGAAAUAUAUGAGACAAUGAUUGAUGCAAUCUUGAACAAAAAAUUAAAGAAGGCAAUUAAAGAAUUAAAAGAUUUAACACCACCCCCAAUGAACAAAAUGCUUGACCAGCAGCCACAUACCGAGGCCAUCAAGAAGAAGAAAAGAAGGGAAAGCAUGCCCAUUGUUGAUGUGCCACCAACAAAUCCUGGUAGGUUGGUUUAUUUGCUCUAGUAGCCUUAUAUUCAAUGCUAAGUUAAUUAACGGUAUAUUUACAUGCUGCGAUUUAUCAUACACAUUUAUCAUACAUGUAUGAUUUGUAUGACUGCAUGAAAUUACUGCUGACGCCAUCAUUCCUCGACAUGUAAACAUACAUUAAUUCAUUAUUAUUGUUUUUCACACAUUUUAGUGCCUGCUGUUGUGGUUUCAAAUCCUGGUGACAGUACAAGAAGCAAGCCAAAAUGCAAAGCAUGCAAGAGACCAAUGAAAGGCCACAAAAAGUUUAAAGAUUGCCCCAAGAACCAAAAUAAAUAA